CUUUGACAGACAGGGGAUAGUUGAGCUCUACCUUGUAAUGUAUUGUGAGUUCACGCAGACGUCGAGUCCACUUCCUUCAUCUUCGCAAUCGUGCUUACACAACUUGCUUGCUGACAGCGAAUCAACAAAUACGCAGUUGUGAGGGGCUGAAGGCUUGAUCUUGGCGUCCGGAAAGCGAGACGUGACACGUCGCCGUGAUGGCGUCGCUCUUCAACUUAUCCAACCUGAAGGCGGGGCUUAAGAAGUAUGGCAAGGCCGGUCUCUAUACUUAUAUAGGUCUUUCUACAUGCGUCACCGCAAGCUUCUACGUCGCCAUAGAAAGCCACGUCGACGUGCAAUCUAUUCUCGGCUUGCGGAAAGAUGAUGAGGAGGGGAAAGAGCCUUCCUUCAUGGAGCGCUUCCUCAUAGGCAAGGGAUCUAACCUCGCGCUCGCCAUUCUCUGCUCCAAGAUGCUCAUUCCCGUCAAGGUGCCAGCGGCCAUGGCGCUCACGCCGUACGUGCAGAGGUUGCUAGAGAAGCUCGCGCUGAACGCGCCCAAGGUUACGCGUCCAUAGGAUGCCUAAAGUGGCGGGGCCACUUGUGUGGCUUGCUGGUGGGCAUGGGUGGGGCCCAAGGAAGCAGCGAGGCAAUUACUUGUUGCAGCAGCUUAACGAACUAUGGGUAGGGGGGAGGAGGAACCAGUUGUGCCAGCGUAUGGAAGAUGUGCAGGAGGGAUCUUGAGUCACGGGGAUGUACGCUUAGGCCAGCUCAGGCAGGAUUUUUUACUAUAGGGCGUUAAUUUCAUGCGGGUGAUUUGCAUAUAUGGACUAGGAAGUAGCUUGAGACUUGGGACCAACAGUUGCAGGAAGUAGUCAGGACUGGUGUUUGGUCGGUUUACUUGGAAUGGAGGGCGGAGGGGUGCCCUAGUGACAUUUGGGUCUUUGAUUUCUUGAGUAAUCGGCAAGACGACCGUGCUUGUUGGGCAGUAAUGGUAAUCACGUGUCGAUCGCACACGUCAUCGUACGGUUACCAAAAGGCGCCGACGCCGAGUUGCGUUGGCCUGACCCAGCCUAGAUAUCUAGAAUGGCCACAAAUUAACGCUGAAAGCAACAUUUUUAUUCUCCAUACUGGGAGUAUACGCUUAGAGCUCACAGGUGGAUGACAGACUAUGUAUGCCUAAUGUCCAGCCUCCGCGGGUAUCCGCAAUCUUAGGAUCAAACAACUUGCAAGAUGCCGCGUGUAGACGUUUGGGACAUCCCGGCGGAGUCUCCGGAGAAGCAGCAGGCGGAGCCCCUCUGGGUUGGAUUGACAAGGGCAAAGAUAGGCGACCGGUAUGAUAUAGGCAAACAGCUUGGACAAGGAGGCUUUGGCAGUGUGCAAGUAGUGAUCGAACGAGGGACUGGCAAGGAAUAUGCCUGCAAAAGCAUUGUUAAGCGGCUUAGCCUGCCGAACGUCAGCGUUACAAAGCAAAAUCAGCAUCUGGAAAACAUCCGGCGUGAAGCGCUCAUCCUAAGGCGCUUGAGAGGAACGCUCAACGUUGUUCACCUGGAGGAUGUGUUCGAGGAUGAGGAGGCCGUGCACAUGGUCAUGGAGUGGUGCAAGGGCGGGGAGCUGGUGCACCGAAUCAACACCCGCCAUUACAGUGAGCGCACGGCUGCCAGCUACAUGCGUGCCGUACUGCGCACGCUGGCCCAAUGCCACCACCUGCGCAUCCUGCACCGGGACAUCAAGCCGGGCAACUUCAUGCUGCUCACGGAUGCUGACAACGCGCCCGUCAAAGCCAUAGACUUCGGACUGGCGGUGUUCUUCGACCCCAAGAAGCUGCCGCGCACCGACCUGGGGCUGGAGGGCACCCCCCACUUCAUGGCCCCCGAGCAGCUCUCCGGCAAGACGGAGCCCGCCUCCGACAUCUGGUCCGCCGGCGUCAUGGCACACCAGCUGCUGUGCGGCAACGUGCCCUUCGACGACGUGCGCAACCCCAGGGCGCCCGCACUGUCGCUCGUGUGGCGCGCCAUUCUGACGGAGGAGCCCCGCUUCACGCAGCGCUCCUGGUCGGGCAUCUCGGAGCUGGCCAAGGACUUUGUGAGGUCGCUGCUGCGCAAGGACCCCAAGGAUCGCCCCACCGCCAAGCAGGCUCUCGCACACCCCUGGCUUCAGGGCAAAUCCGACCAGCGCAAUCAGGGCGCUCCGCUGGCUCGUACCGUUGUACAACGGCUUCAAAAGUUUGGCGUUGAAAGCGCGCUGAAGCGCACCGUACUGGACAUGAUCGCUAACGACCUGAUCAACCGCCACAUCGAGGAACUGAAACUGCAACAGCAGCAACAACAGCAGCAGCAGCAAGGCCAACAACAGCAGCCCUCAGAGCCGUCUUUCCACGCUGGCAUCUCCACUGCUACCCCAAUGACAGCAGCAGCUGCUGCUGCACCUGCUGCUGCUGCUGCUGCAUCCAUCGACCACACCUCCGGCGGCCCAGCCGGCGUCGACGCCGGCGAAGCGACGCCGCAAGGCGCCGCCGCCGCGGCAGCGGCCGGCUCGCCGCUACCCCAGCCCCCGCCGCCGCCAGCUGCGGACGCCGCCGCCGCCAUCCGCCUUCGCCAGCUGGCCGCUCAGGACCUGUUGCUACGGUCCGGCGGCCUCGCCCCCAAGCAUGCCACCGUGCAUGCGGGCGAGGAGGCGCUUGCAGCGCUGCGGCGGGGACAGCUGCUAGGGCUGCCUAGGCCACCGUCCAUGUGCGGCAUCGCACCCGCACCGGGGGCUCCGUUAGCAGCGGCGGCGGCGGCAGCGGUGGCGGGCGCGACAGGAAGGAUACAAGUGCCGUACCCCCCGCAGAACCCUCCGCAGCGUCGAUCGCAUGAUCUGGGUCAGAAACCGCCGCUGCUGCUGUCGUCUGGCGGGGCGGCAGCAGCGGAUGGCUUGUACUCGCGCUCCGCGACCAGUCUUGGGCUGCUAAACUCGCAGCAGUUGCAUCAACAGGAUUCCACUCAGCAGCAGCAGCCGCAGCCGCAGCAACCGCUGCAGCCUUCUCCUACAGUUGCGGAGCAAGCAGCCGCGGGAGCGACAGCGCCGGCCAAGCCGCCGUCGCCGCAAGCUCCGCCUCUGCCCAUGCGCUACUCCGGUCCCGCAGCAUCACAGGGACCGUUGGCGGUCGGGUCAAGUCCGCUAGGCAUGCCGCGAUCUCCCUCCUGGCAAAGAAUUGCUCGGUCGGCUGCUGCUGCCGCCGCCGCCGCGGCCGCCACUGGCGGCCCCGUCGCCCCAGCCGGGGCCUUACCGCCCCCGAAUGGCGAUCGUAGCGGGAGCGGGAGCGGAAAUGGCGCCGCGGGGGCUGUCGGCGGCGGCGGAAGCAGCUAUAAGGGCCCUGUGAAGGACUUGGCGGCCGCGACUGCGUGGGACAUGGGGUUCAUGGCGACACGGCUGGCGCAGGAGGGGGGCUCGGGGCAUGCGUUGCACCACUACGCGAGGCUCCUUGGCAGCGCGGGCGAGCGCUCCCUGCACGGUGUGCGUGAGCGCAGCUACCACGCGGGCCUCACCCCGGCUGUCAGGCCGCACUCGCCCACCGCCUCGCCAUUCCUGGGCGGCGCCGAUGGCCAGGCGCAGGCUCCCUCGGCCGCGGCUACUGGUGAGGGCAGCAACGGCGGAGGCGGCAGCAGCGAGUACAUGCGCAUGCUAAGUCUGGCGGCGAGGCAGCGCGCGGAGCAGCGCAAAGUACAGCGGCUCUCUCUUGACACCAGCGGACACCGGCAGAGCCACUACGGCCGACUAAUGGCAGCGGAGGCGGCGGCGGAAGGGACAGCGGCGGCGACGACAACUGAGCGGGGCGCAGGAGCGGGGGCAGCAGCUGACAUGGCGCCCCCGGAGGAGGCCGAUGAGGAGGGACGCGACGACGAAACCAGCGCUGACACUGCUAGCGUCAGUGGCGGGGCUGACGGCGCAGGCGGAGGAACCCUUUCCAACUCGGCGGCUACUACCGGCGCCUUCUCCUCCCCAGGACCGGCUGGCGUUCCCUCGGCGCAUGUCUCAGCGGCGGCGCUGCUGCCGCCGUCGCCAACUGUUUCACGCCGCUCGCCCGCGCCGCAACGCUCCCCGCCAUCUGCAACGGCGGCGACGGCAGCGCACGGCGACGCCGCUCGCUCCCCAGCUUCAGCACCCCCGCCAGCGGGCCCCUUCACAACCACCGACACCGCUGCCGCUGCCACGCUUGCUUCGCCCUCCAACCGGCGGCCGCUCGCCAAGCCCAGCAUUCCUGGUCUAGAGGAGGCGGAUGCUGUGAGCCUUAACAACGCAAUCGCGUCAACGCCGGCGGCGGCGACGACGGGCGGCGGCGGCGGCGGCCAGGCCGGCAGCGACGGCGGCAUGUCGUACACCAGCGGCUCCGUACCGGGCGCCACGGAUGAGGGCGCGGAUUCGCUGGCGGCGUUGCGGGAGGGAGACGUGGAGGAGGAGGGCAUGGAGGAGGAGGGCGGCGGAGGCGGCGGAGGGAGGCAACCGGGCGGUGCUGAGGAAGUGAAACGCAGCUCGUUGCUGCGUCGGGUCCGUAAAGCCCUGCUGAAGCCCGUCAAGACGCUUCUCGGCACGUCCAACAACACCAACACCAACAGCCCGGCUGCCGCCUCUGCCGGACGCAACCUCCUCGGCAGCGCCCAACGCGCCGCUUCCAGCUCUGACGGCGGUCGCAGCGGCACCGCCACACCCACAAGCUCAGCGGGGGGCAUCGCAGCCGGCGCCCGCACGCCUGUGGCCCGCUCGGGAACCCUGGCUAAGCUGUCAGCUUCCAUUGACCAGGCUGCAGCUGCGGCUGCGGCUGCGGCUGCAAGCAUUACAGGGGGAGGAGGAGGCAGAGCGGGGGCUGGCGGCGGCGCCCGGGGGCUGUCAACACUGUCGGUGUCUAGCGUGGUGUUACCGACGGAGGAGCGGGGUCGAGGUCGCGGCGCGUACGCUGCUUUCGUGCAGAACGCUGGCACGGGCACCAACACGCCGCUAGACCGCAGCGCUCACGGCACAGCAACCACCGACCGCAGUGGCCACAGCGAGCGAGACCGGAGUGUACGGAACGGCCGAGAGCGUUCGUUCGCAAGCUCAGAAGGCGGCGGCGCCGUACCUGCUUCUGCCGUACCGGCCGCCGUUAUAGCAGCGGCACCUGCCGCUACUGCCACAACCGUGACGGCGCCCGCCGCGGCUGCCGUACCAGGCCCUGCAGGGUACGCCAUUCACACCGUGAAGGCCCAUCGGGACCCCCAGGCGAUUGCCGGAACCACAACUACUGCUGCUGUGGCAGCGGUGGCAGCUGCGGCUGCUGUCCCUGCUACAACCGCCACCGGCGCUGGCGUUGGCGUGGCAAUGCGAACCAGCGCUGCUGGGUUUGUUGAAGGGAACACGGCAGCAAAUGGGACGACCACAGUCUCCGCCGCUGCAGCGACGACGGUGGCGGCGGAAGCGCCAGCGGAAACACCGGCGGCAGCUGCCCUGACAGCACGGGCGUCACCGUCGGUGAUGACGGCGGCGGCGACUAGGGCAGAUGGCGGGGUCGAGGAAGGAACGAAGGUGGAGGGUAAGGAAGGAGCAGCGUUGUCUGCCGCGAGGGUCGCUGCUGUAUAUCAGCCAGCGGCGAUGGAGGGCGUGUCGACGCCGGCAGGAGCGACGGAGGUACAGGCGCCGACGGUGGCGGCUGUUGCGGUUGCGGCGGCGGCGACUCCAGAAGUGGCGGUGACGGAGGCGAGGCAGGUCGCGGAGGCAGCUGCCGACGGCGCCGCGGUCCUGGCGGCGGCAUCAGCUCUUCCACGCAGCUCGGUACGGCAAGACGAGCUGGCCCCCGCGCUUGCGCUGCUGCUGGGCGAUGCAGGCAAGGUGGAGGAGCUACAGGAGGUGAUGCGGCGGCUGCAGUACGACAGGGCGGAGGAGCUGACGUACGAGCAGCUGAGCGAGGGGCUGCAGUGGCUGGGCUACCGGCUGGAGGCCAGCGAGGUGGCGGACCUGCUGCGGCAGGUCAGCGGGGGCGCGCAGGAGGGCCUCACCGCCUCGCAGUUCAUCGCUAGUCAGGUGGACUGGCGCAGCUUCCAGGCCAACCACCGUUCCCAGUGGCUGGACUGCCUGCGCAAGGCCUUUGCGGAGCUGGGCGGCGGGCAGGGGCCGGGCGGGCGGGUCACGGUGGAGCAGCUGGUGGCGGCGCUGAGUGACAAGCUGCCGGAGGAGGAGGUGAACCUGGCUGUUCAGGAUAGCCUGAUGGACGCGGCUGUGGAGACGGACGCAAUGGACUUUGACGGCUUCGUGCGGCUCAUGCGCUGCAACAGCAGCGACUCCCUGGCGAGUGGCGCGUCGUCCGAGAUGUCGUACGACCUGUACGACCCGCGCCUCAAGGACGCCUCGCUGCAUGGGCCCCUGGGCGACGGCACACACUACCAGCCGGCGUUGGAAACGGUGCCUGAUGACCAGGAGUGAUGGUGCCAGAAGGUAGGAGUUGUGCCGGACAUGGAUCUAGCUCGUGUUGUGAGAGUGAUGGUAGGAGGGUAGGAGUUGUGCCGGACAUGGAUCUAGCUCGUGUUCUGGGAAUAAAGAGGAAACAACGAACUGGCUGCGUGAUAAGGCGUCAUCAUGGUUUGCAACAUGUGAGCCACCCCGACCCGCCCAGCCAGUAUGGGAGUGGGGCGCUGGGGCAGGACGAGGUGGCAAACAGCUGGCGUGUACAGGAUGCCGGUUUACGGAGCAACACAAACGAAUGGAAUACGGAGAGACGCGGACAUGGGAUAUGCUUAUGCAGCGAAAGAGGUGAGGGAUAGCAGGAGAGUCCGGGAGCUGGCUAACAGUUUUGUAAGGCCUGUUGGCGCUUGAGAGGAACGCGCGUGUGUGCAUCGCGGCAGGAUGGCUUGUGGAUGGCGGACGUGGGGGACGUGCAGCAUAAGAAGUUAGACGGUUGCCUUGCGUGUGGGAGUGGUUGUGUGUCUUGAAGGGUGUGCAUCUGUCAAUCCAGCCAGGCGUUUGGUAUUCACCUAGUAAGGAGAGGGUUCAGUCUGUCUUCGCUGAGAGGGAGCAGUGUUUUUCAUGUGCAUCUAAGGUUUAGGUAGACGCGGAUGCCUUAACCCAGGCCAGAGGCUACUGCCGUGUGAGGCUGUGGCCGUGGCCAUGGAAUUUUGGUGCCGUUGCAGCUGUUACCGGCGUUAGUCGUGCCUAUUUGCGCCUUCCGACCGUUGGCGAAGGAUGUCCCAUUCUUUGGCAACAACGGAGCCGCUUGAGGUGGCCAUAAGUGCAGCCCACGACAGCCAAUGGACUGCCGAGCGCUCCCGGGCAACUCA